GGAAUGUGUUUGUUGUGUUUCAUUCCAUUGCAUUUCAGUGACCACCUCUUCUGUUCCUUUGUGUUUUGAUGUAGAGAGAAGCCAAAGGUGGAUUUUAAGUGAAACCUAAAAAUUGUGUCUGGACAAAAAUCACCUGAUUCCAUCAAACAUGGAUGGAAGACCCACCUGUGAGCAGUGUGGAAAGACUUUCACCAGAGCAAGUGACCUAAAAAUCCACCAACGCAUCCACACUGGAGAAAAACCAUAUGCCUGUGACCAAUGCGGAAAGAGUUUCACCCACAUGAAUGUGCUUAAACGCCACCAACGCAUCCACACUGGAGAAAAACCAUAUGCCUGUGACCAGUGUGGAAAUGUUUUCAUCACAGCAAGUGACCGAAAAAUCCACCAACGCACCCACACUGGAGAAAGACCAUAUGCCUGUGACCAGUGUGGAAAUGCUUUCACCACAGCAACUAACCUAAAAAUCCACCAACGCAUUCACACUGGAGAAAAACCAUAUGCCUGUGACCAGUGUGGAAAUGCUUUCACCACAUCAAGUCAUCUAAAAAUCCACCAACGCAUCCACACUGGGGAAAGACCAUAUGUGUGUGACCAGUGUGGAAAGAGUUUCACCGGAAUGAGAGAGCUUAAACGUCACCAACGCUUCCACACUGGAGAAAAACCAUAUAACUGUACCCAGUGUGGGAGUGCUUUCACCGUAGCAAGUCACCUAAAAAUCCACCAACGAAGCCACACUGGAGAAAAACCAUAUGAAUGUGGCCAAUGCGGAAAGAGUUUCACCCAAAUGAAUGGGCUUAAACGUCACCAACGCAUCCACACUGGAGAAAAACCAUAUGCCUGUGACCAGUGUGGAAAUACUUUCACCACAGCAAGCGACCGAAAAGUCCACCAACGCAUCCACACUGGAGAAAAACCAUAUGAAUGUGAACAAUGCGGAAAGAGUUUCACCCAAAUGAAUGUGCUUAAACGUCACCAACGUAUCCACACUGGAGAAAAGCCAUAUGAGUGUGACCAGUGUGGAAAUGCUUUCACCACAGCAGGUGACCUAAAAAUCCACCAACGCACCCACACUGGAGAAAAACCAUAUAAAUGUGACCAGUGUGGAAGUGCUUUCACUACAGCAAGUCACCUAACAACCCACCAACGCAUCCAUGCUGGAGAAAGGUCAUAUGUGUGUGACCAGUGUGGAAAUGCUUUCACCACAGCAAGUUCCCUAAAAAUCCACCAACGCAUCCACACUGGAGAAAAACCAUACGAGUGUGACCAGUGUGGAAAUUCUUUCACCAGAGCAUAUACCCUAAAAGUACACCAACGCAUCCACACUGGAAAAAGACCAUAUGAAUGUGACCAAUGCAGAAAGAGUUUCAUCCAAAUGAAAGGGCUUAAACAACACCAACGCAUCCACACUGGAGAAAAACCAUAUGAGUGUGACCAGUGUGGAAAGAGUUUCACCACAACAAGUGAUCUAAAAAUCCACAAACGCAGCCACACUGGAGAAAAACCAUAUGCCUGUGACCAGUGUGGAAAUGCUUUCACCACAGCAAAGAACCUCCAGGUACAUCAACUCACCCACAAUGGAGAAAAACCUUAUGAGUGUGACCAGUGUGGGAAUGCUUUCACCACAGCACGUAACCUAAAAAUCCACCAACGCACCCACACUGGAGAAAAACCGUAUGAGUGUGACCAGUGUGGAAAUGCUUUCACCAGAGCAAGUGACCUAAAAAUCCACUUACGCAUCCACACUGGUGAAAAACCAUUUAAGUGUGACCAGUGUGGAAAGACUUUCACCAUAAAAUAUUGCGUAAAAAGACACCAACUCACCCACACUGGAGAAAAACCUUAUGAGUGUGACCAGUGUGGGAAUGCUUUCACCACAGCAAGUAACCUAAAAAUCCACCAACGCACCCACACUGGAGAAAGACCAUUUGAGUGUGACCAGUGUGGAAAUGCUUUCACCAGAGCAAGUGACCUAAAAAUCCACUUACGCAUCCACACUGGAGAAAAACCAUAUAAGUGUGACCAGUGUGGAAAUGCUUUCACCACAGGAAGUGACCUAAAAAUCCACGUACGCAUCCACACUGGAGAAAAACCAUAUGAGUGUGACCAGUGUGGAAAUUCUUUCACCACAGGAAGUACCCUAAAAAUGCACCAACGCAUCCACACUGGAGAAAAACCACAUGAGUGUGUCCAGUGUGGAAAUGCUUUCACCACAGCAGGUCACCUAAAAAUCCACCAACGCAUCCACACUGGAGAAAAACCAUAUGCCUGUGACCAGUGUGGGAAGAGUUUCACCCAAAUGAAUGGGCUCAAAAGUCACCAACGCAUUCACACUGGAGUAAAACCAUAUCCCUGUGACCAGUGUGGAAAUGCUUUCACCACAAGAUGUUCCCUAAAAAUCCACCAACGCAUCCACACUGAAGAAAGACCAUAUUUCUGUGACCACUGUGGGAAGUUUUUCACCCACGCUGGUUACCUAAAAAUCCACCAACGGACCCACUCUGGAGAAAGACCAUAUUUCUGUGACCAGUGUGGGAAGUUUUUCACCCAAGCUAAUCAGCUAAAAAUCCACCAACAGACCCACACUGGAGAGAGACCCUACCAGUGCAGAUUCUGUGACAGAUCUUUUAUCACACAUUCAACAUGUACUAAACAUGAACGUGUCAAACAUUUCCACAAAGGGCAAAAACUGAACAGUUGUAAAAAAAAAAAACGUCAGACGUUGGACUCUAGUGGAAAGAGUCAGUGUCAUAACACACCUAAACAGUUUGAAUGUUUCCAAUGUGAUGAAAGACUCUCAUCAUCCUCUGCCCUCUGCUGUCAUCAGCACAGAUGUGAAUCAUCAAUGUCUGGACCAACAUGUCCCUCAGCAUCAGAUGACAAGAAGAAACUCUGUGUGUGAACCAGCAGCACUGAUAUCUGACAAGAACAUCAGACUUCAAAACCUCCAGCUCAGACUUCACAGAAUCCAGAUGUGAAGACAAACAUCAGACUGAAGGCUGUGUUUUGUUGUCCUCAGAGUACAGAAGUGUGUUCUAAUGCACCACCUUCACAAAAUAGUGAUGUUACUGAACCUCAACGUGCCACGAGGUGAAAAGUUCAACUAGUGGAAGUCAACAAGGACCUGGUUUCUAUGGCGAUACUACUUCUCAUUGACUCUGUGGACUUUAAUCAGUAACUUGUUGUUGUGAUUCUGUUCCUGGUUGGGGUUCACACAGUUGGAUUUACAUCAGUUAGAAACAACAUGAUGAACAUAAUAUAACUGAGACAGAAUGACUGAUGAGCCGGUAGUGGUUUAGUCCCAAACUGAGGCCGACAACAUGAAGGAGAUCACAUUCCAUUGGAGGAGGAAGUCUGUUUAGGAGAAAGUUCACGACCACCAAAGGAGACGUCACAAUGAGUCAGUGCUCCAUCUAGUGGUCCAAUCUGGUUCUGGUCUGGUCCAUUGUUUACCUGAACAUCAAACUGGAUUCAACAUGUUUCCACUGGUCUAACCCUGACCUGCAGAAUGUGUUUGAUUUGAGUGAAAAUGUGUUGAACUGCUGAUGACUGUGGUAAA